AUGAGCAAACAUCGAUUUCAUCAGACCUAGGAAAUCACUAAUAACCGCAGAGUCAUAUCAUAAUCUCCAGAGCCCACUUCUACAAAUAAACUCAAACUAAAGACAACCCUCUCGAAGCAAUCAGUUAUUGGAGGGGCCAGAAUAACUACAUAAUCAUAAAAAUCUAAUAAAUCUCAAUCACUAAUAAAAGCAUUGCAGCAAGAAAUGACAACUAGAUAAAACAACUAUAACUCUUUCAACUAAAAAAUCUCUAUGUCAGAGUUUAACCAUAAACUCCAGAGAACAGAGAAUUAUGAUUAAUCUAGUGGUAAAGUUCCUCAAAAUAUGAUGUCGAGAUAUAUGAGAGACGAUUAAAAAUUCAAAACGAGAGCUGGAAAAAACAGCAGUUCAAUUGAUUUUAAUACAAACAUCACUGAUAGAGUUUCAUAAAUAAGUGGUAACUAUCAUACAACUAGAGCAGGUGAUAUGAUUUCAUAUGAUAACUAGAGGUAAAUGCUAUAAAAUAUUGACGAAAAGACUUUCAAAGCAAUGCAUGUCAAUCCCCCAAUUAGUAAGCCUAAAAAGUAUAUGGAAGAUGAUGGCAGUAGUAGGUUAAUUGAAACAGAUAAGCAGAAAUUUAUGAAUACAAUGACAAACACAAAUCUUGAUAAGAGGUUUGAUGUUCAUGAUAGAUUUUGCCUAUGCUGCAACGAUCAUUAAAGGCAUGAAUCAAUCAAGUACAAAUAUCCAAAAAUGAUAAAGUCAGCCUACUUGAAUAACUUUAGAAAAAGUGUGGGAGAUGGGUAAGCUUAAAACAAGAAGGAAAAGGAUGACUUCAACAUUAAUAAAAUCAGCAGAAAUUUGUUUGCCUCAACUGUUGAAGCCAAAGGUCAAGUAGGAUAACCAACGUCUAAAGCCAUGUAUCAAAAGCCUGGUUCUUAAAAUUAUUAAGUAAAUACUAGAUUUCCCCUAGACCCUAAGGAUGGAAGAUCAAAAACCAGUUUUGUUCACUUAUCUGAUAUCUAACCUUUUAUGGAUACAACUACUAACAAAGCCACUUUUCCAUUUUGGCCAGCAAAUGUAGCUAAACAAUUACCAGAAAAUUAAGACUAAAACGGACUCUAAGUGAACAAUGCGAUAAAAAGCAACACUAAAACCUAUGACACUACUCAUUACAAAGAAACUUUCAUAGACCCUAAGAACAAGGAUAUUCAACUAGAGGCUCAAUAUAGUCCAAAUUAUCUCAGAUAGAUGUUUAAGUCCUAUUCAAGCUUUUAAGUUCAGAAUACUCCUAAGUUUGAUGGAACUACUACCUAAAUGCUUCAGUUUAAACAUCCAUCAAGAGAGAAUUAUAAGAAAACUCCAAUUCAUAUAAAUUAGGAUUCAAUGCAGGGAAUGAAUGUUGUUCAUGCCCCAAAAGAAUUUUACCAGCCGACAACACAAAUGGAAUAUGCAGAAAAGAAACCACAACUAGUUUGCAAUCAAAGGUCUAACUUCAGACAGAGAUAACUAUUCUAUAAAUGA